GGCAUAUAAAAGUGCAUUGAACGAUCGGUACAGUCUGAAUCAAUUGCGAGCCGUUGAAAUGGUCAGAUUCCUAAGUACAUCUUUCAUUUUGAUUUGCUGCUGCGCCUACCUGGUGGCCAGCAGUUUUGACUACUAUGGUGACAGUUCUACGGAAAAGUCCUCAACAUCUUCAUCCUCCGGAAAAGUUUCAUCCACCAAGAAACCUCCACCAACUAAGCCGACCCCAAAACCCGUAGAAUGCAACCGAGAAGACAUUAAUAAAAUUGUGAAUUGCUGCAAGCUGCCGCAAGUGUUUCCUGCUGGACUGAUUGAAAAUUGCUCAUACACAAUGCCCACUCCCAAACCUACCAAACCACCCAAGGGCAACUCAAAAAGGACCAAGAGGGCUCCACCCAAAGGCAGCAAACCAAAUCCCCCUACCUGUAUUGCUGACUGUCUUCUGAAGAGUCAAGGCUUGAUUAGUGACACAGGUGAGAUCAAUAUCAACGGGUUGAUCAAUUUGAUCAACUCUAACGCAAGUGAAAUUUGGCUACCAUCUUGAAUGCAACAAUCACUGGCUGCUUUGCUAAUUUGACAAACGUCAGCAGUUCCAUUCCUGCUCCACCGAAGGACGCGUGCAAUGCAACCAGCGACAUGUUGCUGAUGUGCGUGCAGCGUGGACUGCAGAUGAAUUGUCCUCCAAGUGAAACACUGACCACUGAUAAAAAUUGCAAGACCAGGGCUUCAAAGCUUUCAAGCUGCGAUCCGUACGCUGCAGCCAAGAAUAACAAAGGCAGUAGCAAAGGGAAGUAAUAUCAAAUUGAUAUUUAUUCCAGCUUCUGUAUGCAAAUUAAUCAAAG